AUGGCAAAGCGAGUCGACAACUCGGACCUUCUUCAAGCCCUCGAUCGCGCCGACCUCAAACUUCUCGAAGCCUCCAACCUGGUGGAUUCGAUCUCGCGCAAACCCGAUCAGGCGGCAUCAACAAAUUUUUUUGACUCCCGUCGACCAACUCGUGUCACCACGCACGAACAACUGGAGACGUCCCUGACAAUAACGUCGACCCCCAUGGGACGAUCUGUUAAGCUCAAGACAGCCUCCCCAGACCAGAACUGCUCUUAUGGUCUGAACAAUGCGGCCGACCAGUAUUCGCGGCAUACCCGAUCUCUAUUCAGCAAGGUGGGCUUGUUGCUGGGCCAGAGCAGCCGAGCAGCUCGUCAUUACGUCAACAUGGUAUCCAUCCGAGUCCUGCUAGACGAUAAGGCUACCAGUAUGAACUCCAGCACAGGAUCUAUCCCUACCGAGGUUUUACACUCCGAGGAUGAAGACUACGACCUGGAUCUACCACCAUACCCCCUAGUUUUUUCUCGUUUUCUAGUCUUUCCACCCCGGCGAGGAGAUCUGAUCUUCAACGUCAGCAACGACGAACCAGUUGUCGAUGGCGAAACCGACGAGCAAAAACAACUCCGUGAGCAGCGCAACGCCGAUCGUGCUCAGCGGCGAGCGGAUGAGGAACGGCAACUUGCGCCACACAACCUCAGCGAUGCUUUCGACAUGGCCACUGGAUCAUCACAUGGAUAUGAUGGCGAAGAUAAUGCUAAUUUAGAAGAAGAAGACGAAGACGACCACACCUGGUGUGGAAGCGACAGCGAUGAUGACAUUUACUGUGAUGUUGAUGGCCACUUUGAAGCAGACAGCGAUGACCUUGAAGAGGAUGGGGAUGAAACCAGUGAUGAAGAGCACUAUAGUGACCAUGUAUCACGUAGUCCUACAGCUAGUAGGGAGAUCAACUUGUCUCCAGAUGGAAGUGCUACAAGGGCAACUAACUAA